AUGGCUCAGAGUUCUUUCCAGCUCGCCCAGAGGGUGCUGCACCUACGUACCGGUCGUGUUGUCGUCCGCAAGAUAUGCGUCGUAGGUAGGUACAAGUACAAAAACGAGAAUUGGGACGCUGGACUCGCUGCUCAGCUCAAGAGGACCGAGUUGGCCACCAUCAAGGGUGUGGAACCUCCCCGGUUCGCCCGCUUGAUCUCUGCCAGGCCAUCGGCCGUUGACUCUUUUUGGGGAUUGUACAACUGCGGAAGCAUUAUGGAAAUUGAGGAGACGUGUGUGAUGCAGAGGGUACUCAUGUCACCCGGCUUUCCUGACGAGGAUCUCAGCUCGCUCGUCCACCUCUACAGCAUGCCAUUUGACGUGGUCCACAACGACCUCGACCUACGCAACGUUUAG